AUGUCCACUAAACAUGUAGAUGAUAAUGACAGAGGAUUGCUCAAUGAUGACACCAGACAACAUGUCGGAGGACUAGACAGACAAUGCAUUGCCAUCAUAGAGGCUUUGUCAUACUAUGUUGCCACUUCAUUUAAAGGCAACCAACAACAACAACAACAGUCUAGCUGUAUUGAGGACUUGUUGUGUCCACUUGGAACACCUCGUCCCGUCCAUCUUUUGCUUUCUGGAAGGUCAGGACUUGGCAAGUCGUUAUUGAUACAAACCAUACUUGGUCAAUUCAAAGCUCGACAGAUAUUAGACUUUGUAAUUGUCAACUCAUCACAUUGUUAUAAAGAGAAUGACGGUGACACUGAGCGAUACCUAUCAUCGAUUAUACUAGGAAGACGUCGCUCUCACUUUGAUAAACCAUUCGUUCUUGUAUUCGAAGAGGUGGACUCAAUCUCUGUUAGACGACAAUCUUCAGGCCUUUAUGGACAGAUUGAACAAAGAGUAUCCUCUCAUUUGUUGGACCUUCUUAGACAAAACAGUCACGCUGAGCAUCCAAUCUUUAUCGUUGGUGUCACCAGUAGAAUAGAUACACUGGACGACGACUUCUUCCAAUGUGGGCACUUUGAUUCUGUGAUCAACCUACCCAUCCCUUUGCCCAUCGAUCGACAACACAUUUUGGCAGUGAUGAUCAAGCGAUACGCCAACUACUCUACGAACAUGGAUCAUUAUGAUCAACUCAUUGUUGACCUGGCCAGUUGCACACAUGGCUAUGUUGGCGCUGACCUGCAGAAUCUAUGCAAUGAGGCAGCCACUCUGGCUAUAACAGGCUCAGACUCUUGUCAAUUGUCCACAUCCAUUGUUACAAUUGAUCACUUUAGACGAACGUUUGCUUCAAUCAAACCAUCGAUUCUCAAAGAGUUCAAGUUCACCUUUGAGCGCAUUGGAUUCCAGGACAUUGGUGGAUUGGAUGAUAUCGUGGCCAAGAUAAGGACAACCGUACUACUUCCUAUUAUGAAUCCAGAACCACUGAUACGCAUUGGAGCAGCGCCACCGUCUGGUAUACUGCUCUUUGGUCCACCUGGAAAUGGAAAGUCACUGAUAGCACGUGCUAUCGCAUCUAGCUCACCAAACGUCAACUUUAUAUCCAUUCAAUCGACGGAUAUCAUCAGUCCAGUGGUUGGUGAAAGUGAGAAGAAUCUCACUCGACUGUUCCGUGUUGUUCGAGAGAGUGCACCAUGCGUACUCUUCCUUGACCAGGUUGAGGUAUUGGCCAAGAAGCGUGGCUACGAUACAAGUUCAGAACAAUCUGCCGAUAGAUUGUUGUCUUGUCUACUGAUUGAAAUGGAUGGAUUUGCUGGAUCAUCGACCAAUGGUGGUGGUGCCAGCUCGAUUAUAUUGGCAGCAACAACAAGACUUGACAUGCUGGACCCAACAAUCCUACGUCCAGGUCGGUUUGACUACCAUCUAGAGGUUCCACUGCCGAAUGACACUGGUCGUAUUGAUAUCCUUGGCAAGUUAACCAAACAGAUGCCAUUGUCCUCCGAUGUUGACCUGGUUCAAUUGUCGAGCUUGACCAGUGGACUGUGUGGUGCAGAUCUCAACAACCUAUGCAAAGAGGCAGCACUCAUAGCCCUAAGACACAACAUCAAUAGCAAAGACAUAACAAUGACGGAUGAUGUAGUGGAGCAGAGGCAAUCAAAGAAACGUUCAAAUGACGAUAUCAACAACAACUACAAUGAGGAGAAUGGCGAGGCAGAAGACAUCGUUGAGAAGGAUGCUGAUUUCGUAGACUCUAGUGAAGAGGACGAAGAUGGUGAGGAUGAAUACCAAUAUGAUGACUUUGUCGUGGGUAACUCUGGCGACGAGGGUGAUGAUGACAUCCAGGAUGACGAUGACAAGAGCGAUGAAGAGGAGGACCCUGAGGAGGCCGCCAAGCGUAGAGAAGCAAGACGUAUCCGUAGAGAAGAGAAGAGACGUCUUCAUGCCAUGAAGAAGAGCAAGAAGAACAGACUUCACAGACUGAAGAAACUAAAGUCUAAUGGUGAUGACAUAGAGGAGAAAUCACCAAGUCACGAGGGACAUAUUGACGAUGACAUUGAACAGGAUCGAGCUAUGAUCUUUGACGAGUCAGAGGAUGAUUUUGUCGUCGACGCCAAUGAUCGUCCCAUCCGACGAAAGUCUGGACGUGGUACACCUUCCAAGAGCUAUGGAGGAAUCUUUGGUGAUGACGAUGAGGAGAUGCUCGUCGAUGACAAACCCAAGGAUACUCUCUCGCUUAUUAGGGAGCAGUACGAGCCCUCUUUGUUGGAGGAGAAGCACUUCACCGACGCCGAUGAGGAGAUCAGAAAGAAGAACGUACCCGAGAGGAUGCAGCUUAGGAAGUGUACCCAGUUCCUUAGCGACAGACAGACCUAUGAGGAGGCAGAAUGGAUCUACGACAUGUCAUUUGAUAUCAAGGAGAGCAAGGACUCAAUGAUGAUCGAGACUAUUGCAACCAUUCUCAAGUUCUUCCAACGCGAGAUGCUAGAGGUACCUUUUGUCUAUGCCUACAGGAAGGACGUCUUUGAGCCCCAGUUCAGACUUCAGGAUCUGUGGACAAUAUACGACUUGGACGAGAAGUGGGCACAUCUGAUAGCAUCAAAGAAAUCAUUGGAGCAGUUCAUCACGGCCAAUCCAAACCUCGAACAAUAUCAACAGACGCUGCGCGAAUGCAAGUUGGAGGAGGGAAUAACCGAUCUCUAUGACCUCUUCCAGAUGAUCAAUGGUCCCGACUUCAAAGCACAACAACAACGUUCAGAUGACCAACCAAAGCCAAAGCGUGCAAUCAAGAGGGAUCUCUACACGAUCUAUACCAAGGACGGACUGGGCAAGUUUCUUCCGCACUACGGUAUCACUCCACAAGAGUUUGGCAUCAACCUGAUGGACAACUACAUGACGAGAAUCCCAACCGAUCACUCUGAAGACCCGUCUACCACUGCGCUCAAGUACAUCUGUAUUGAGGCUGACGAUAUGGGAGAAGUGCUCCGUGCCACUCGUUAUCUUAUGGCACAUGACAUUGGAUUCGACCCAAACGUACGACAGUCCAUCAGAGGCAUCUAUAGAAGGUACGCCUUUAUCACCACGACGCCAACCAGUGUCGGCCAGAAGGAGAUCGAUGCAUUCCAUCCAUACAUCACUGUCAAGUCCAUCCACGAGAAGCCCUGUCACAUGUUUGAUGACACCCAGUUCCUCCUUAUUCUCAAGGCAGAGCGCGAGGGAUUCAUCAAGGCCAAGGUUGGUGUGCCCGAGCAUGUUCACAACAACGUUAUCCUGCCAGAGAUGGAGGGUCUCUUCCUAAGCGAUGGCACCAGCGCCAUUGCACAGCAGUGGAACGCAGAAAGAAAGAUGGUCCUCAGAGAGUCGUUGACAGGGUUCUUGUAUCCCGUGUUUGAAAAGGAGCUCAGAAACAAGCUACUCACAGAGGCAAGCAACCGCGUGGCCUUUGAAUGCGCAAGAAGGCUUGAGGAGAAGCUACGUGUUGCCCCCUGGCAACCCAACCAAGACGAAGAUGAGGACGACGACUAUGACUAUGGAAAGAAACGACUGUUCCACGUCAUGUCCUUCUGCAACGGCAGCGAGAAGAUACCUACAAUGUGCGCCGUGCUCGACUCUGAGUCUGAGAUUGUGACACACUCAAAGAUGGACUUCCUCUGUGAUCGGGUUGGCGAAACCACCAUCAAGGACAAGAAACAGGACGAUGUCUCAAGGCUGACUGACCUGAUGAGCGAAUACCAACCAAGAUUGAUUCUGGUGUCAGCAACCGAGAUGGUAUCCAAACGUCUUCUGGACGAGAUUCGCGAACUAGUUGGCCGUCUAUCAAACGAUGGUACACUCAAACGUAUGCCAGCCAUCCAAUUUGCCAAUCCAGAGAUCGGUCUAUCCGAACAGAACUCUGCAAGAUAUGCCGAUGAGUUCAAAGAGUACCCACCAGUGUUGAAGCAUGCCAUUGCUAUCGCCAGAUGUGCUCUGGACCCCAUGACAGAGUACUCCAAUCUUUGCACAGACAGCAAUGAGAUCCUGUAUCUGAAGCUGCAUCCCCUUCAAGAUAUGAUUGGCAAAGACUAUCUCCUGAAGCUCCUUCACCGAUGCUUUGUCAAUGUGGUCAACGCCGUUGGUGUGGAUAUCAACAGGAUGAUCCGACACAAGUUCACCUCGUCUCCACUGCAGUUCGUCUCUGGCCUUGGUUCAAGGAAAGCUCAAGCUCUACUGAAUGCAUCGAUGGCGGUCAUCAAGAGAGGAAAGACAAUGUCUUCUCGACAGGCGAUUGAAAAGAUCUUUAGCAACCAGGACAUUGUAUAUAGGAAUUGUAUAGGCUUCAUCCAGAUCAGAGAGAAGUAUUUCGGUGACGAAGACAUGAACCCUCUGGAUGAUACCAGAGUGCAUCCGGAGGACUAUCUUAGUGCUUACAAGAUUGCUGCCGAUGCACUGGACAAGACCGUCGACCAGGACUUCUUCCGAGAAGAUACUCUCAUCUUUGGUUAUGUCCGUGACGUCAUGAGGAAGCCCAAGAAGCUCGAGUCUAUCGAUCUGGAUGCCUUUGCCGACCUUCUCGAGAGUCGUCAGAACACUCAAAAGAAGAAGUUGCUCUAUGCCAUCAAGAGUGAACUGACCUCCCCGUUUGCCGACAUUCGCACGCCAUACCUUCCACCAUCACAAGCUCAGAUCUUCUCUUGGCUGACCGGUGAGACUGACCAGACACUUCGAGUGGGAACUAUGGUAUCCGUUACCACGUUUAGGAACGACGUCAUUAUGGGUGUCAGAGUACGUUUGGACAAUGGUCUUGAGGGCACUAUUCCCCCAGAGUAUAUUAGCGAAAGCAAUGAUGUCAAGUCGAUGCCACGUGGAGUCACGCUCAACUGUCGGGUCGUUUCAGUGGAGAAGGAUAGGUUCCAUGUCACACUCAGCAACAAACAGUCUGACAUGCAGAACUCCAAGUGGGAGGACAUAAUCUUCAACGAGCUGAAACACGGCGGACAGAACCCAUACCUCGUACUGGACGAUUCACACAGCCGCCAGCAACAAUCAUUGGUGGCAGAGAAGAAGCGUCAGUCUGUGCCCGCUCGUGCAAAGAAGGUGAAGAGAGUGGUCGUCCAUCCAUUGUGGCACUCGUUCACUUGUGCCGAAGCUGAGAGCCAUCUCAAGGACAAGCCCGUUGGUGAGGCAAUCCUUCGUCCAAGCAGUCGUGGUUUUGAUCACAUAACUGUUACAUUCAAGUUCUGGGACAACAUCAUUAUACAUCACGAUAUCAAGGAGAAGGACAAGCCAAAUCCAGUCAGCUUGGGCAAAUCAUUCUACAUUGGUGAUACCAGAUACGACAGUUUGGAUGAGAUCCUGAGCAGACACGUUGAGUAUCUUAUCAACAACCUCAACAAUGUGCAGAGUCACAAGUACUGGAGGAGCGGUACCCAGCAACAGAUCGAUGAUCAGAUCAAGAGGGACAAGCAGAGAUAUCCCAAGUCAAUACCCUAUGCAUUCGGUAUCAACCAAACGCAUCCUGGCUACUUGAUCCUCUACCACGUACCAAAUACCAAUCCCCGACACGAGCACAUCUUGAUCAAGGACGAUGGAUAUGAAAUGAGGAAGAAGACAUUUGCCACAAUUGACGAGUUAAUCAAGUACUUCAAGCAAAACUACUCCCAGAUACUCUCACAGAGUGCCAGACCCUCGGGCUCCACAACGACAACAUCCUCCUCAAAUCAAUCCAGUAGAAUGCUGCCAUCCAACAAGCCAGAUUUGCAACAACAACAUCAGCAACAUCAACAAUAUCAGCCACAGCAGCAGUACCAUUCACAACAACAACAACAACAUACGAGACCUCAGUACUCCACCAACUAUCAACCACAGCAUCAACCUCCUCCAAUGGUGCACUCUAAUCAACCUUAUAUCCAACAGCAGCAGCAAAUACCAGCACGUUCUCAAUACCCACAACAACAACACUACCAGCAACCAAUGCAGCAGCAGCAACAGCCACAGUCCUAUAAUCAACAACAAACUUGGAGAGGACCUCAGCAGGCCCAACCACAGGGAAUGUAUCAACCUCCACCACAGAGUCAAUACAUGAAUCCUUACAGUCAGCCCUUUGAUCAGUACAACCCACAACAAGGUUAUCCUCCUCCUACUCAACACCAACCACCCAUUGGCGUUCCCUUUGGCCAACAACAACCGCAUCACCACCAACAACAAGAGUGGGAAUAA